AGUGUAAAGCGUAAUGAUUAACUGUGGAGAUAAAGUACAGCAGAAGCCUACAGAAGGGAAAAUGCAGUAAAGCAAAGAAGAGCACAGACUGAAAAUUAGAAAUAAAAGAGGAAAACAACAGGAAGAACCUGACUUUACUUACCUGACACCUUAUCUGGACCACAUUUCCAUAUGGAAGAGACUUUUGAACAACCAAGAAAGAUAGAGCUCAAUGAUGGCAACUAUAUGCCGCUGCUGGGCCUGGGAACAUGGAGGCUAAAGAGCACAAACCCAGAUCUGUGUCAGGGCGCAGUUGAGACAGCUAUAGCUGCUGGUUACCGUCACGUGGACACAGCUUACAGUUAUCAGAAUGAGGUGGAGGUGGGUAAGGCGCUCCGCUCCAAGAUGCAGCAGGGCAUCAUUCGGCGCCAGGACAUGUUCGUUGUGACUAAGUUGUGGUGCACUUAUCAUGACCCCAGUCACAUUCCUGACUGUCUAAAUAAAUCUCUCAGUGACCUGCAGCUGGAUUAUGUGGACCUGUACCUGGUGCACUUCCCUGUUGGACUAAAGAAAGUUGGUGAUGCGCUUUUUCCAAUGCAGGAUGGAAAGAUGCUUACAUCAGACAUUGAUUAUGUGGACGUAUGGAGGGGAAUGGAAGCUCUGAAAACCUCUGGAAAAGUAAAGAGUAUUGGCGUGUCCAACUUCUCAGUCCAACAACUGGAAAGGCUGCUGUCUGAUGCUACAAUCACUCCAGCUGUCAAUCAGGUCGAGCUUCAUCCUUACAUGGUGCAGUCAGGUCUGAUUGAAUACUGUAAGUCAAAGAACAUCGCUCUCACAGCCUACAGUCCCUUAGGCUCACCAGGAAGACCCAAAGAGUUUCAUAGAGGCGAGAGAGAUCCUGAUAAACUGCUGGAGGAUCCUGUGGUUGGACAAAUCGCUGCAAAACACAGACGAACACCUGCACAGGUUUUGCUGAGAUAUCACACAGAACAAAACAUUGCAGUGAUUCCAAAGAGCGUGAAGCCAAACCACAUUCUGGAAAAUACAAAGAUUUUUGACUUUUCCCUGGAUGAGGAGGACAUGAGGGCACUCAGGGCUCUAAAUCGAAACUGGCGGGCCUGCAUCAUAGAACAGUUGCAGUCUCAUCCUUUCUACCCCUUUGAGUAAAAUGUCGUCAUCGUCUGCUGAAGCUCAGACAGAAAAGAACCUUUUUGUCAAAACCUGUUUACAAAAAAAGCAGACCUUGUUUAAGAAAUAAACUGAAAUGUGUUAAUAACAUUGUAAUAUCAACCUAAGAGAGUCUGAAUAAAAGUUUUUUUUAUGUC